AUGAGAGUGACAUAUCUAAGGAAUUAUAUGAGAAGGAUAUCGCCAUUUGACAAGUUGUCUGCUAGAUUGGGUUUAGAGGAUGCACACAAUGAAUUGAGGUGGAUCAAGCAAUCUUCUUCUAAUCCUAGAGAAGUCGAUAGAAUGAUAGAAGAACGUGUUAAAGGGAAGCCAUUGCAGUAUAUCCUAGGUGAUCAGCCAUUCUUGGACACGACAAUAAAAGUAAAGCCACCUGUCCUUAUACCACGCCCAGAGACAGAAUAUUGGACUAAUGAGCUCAUUCGGCGGCAUAAAGAUAAGACUAAUUUACGUAUAAUCGAUCUAUGCACUGGAUCUGGUUGUAUUGCCAUUAACUUAGCCAAGGAGUUACGGAAUUCGACCGUUAGAGCGUAUGAUAAGUCAGACGACGCCUGUGAACUAACAAAAGAGAACGCAAAAUUGAAUUUAACAGUCGAUCAACUAUCACGUUUUGAAGUUAUAAAAAGAGAUAUAAUGACGCAUCAAUUUGAUGAUAAAUUUGAUAUACUAACCAUGAAUCCACCGUAUAUCACGAAGACUGACUAUCAGGCACUCGAUAAGAGCGUCAGAGAAUGGGAAGACGUCGAUGCAUUGUUAGCAAAAUCUAAUGAUGCAGGAAUAGAAUUUUAUAUGCGCGUGAUUGAACAACUAUUGCGUUCAAAUCUAAAAGGUGAAAUUUGGUUUGAAGUUGGUUAUAAUCAAGCGGAUUUGGUGUCUAAAUUGGUAGAUAAUUGUUCUAUUGAGCGUAUAAAGGAUCCAUUUGGUGAUUUCGAUAGAGCUAUAAUAUUGUAUUUAUAAAUUUGACCAAGCUUCUUGCUUCUUUUGAUUGCGUACUUUUGCUUUCUCUUGAUUACGCUUCGUUCUAUCUAUUCUCUCAUCUCUGAGGCAUUUACCGAGUUGUUUAUCAAUAUCCUGGCAGCCUCCUAGUAUUCUGAACAUCCAACCACCUUCUUCUCUACACUCGUAUAGCUGUCGUAUAAUAUCACCACAGGCUGGUUGCUUCGCAUCUGUGUAUAAAUG